GCCUGCUCCUUCCGCCCUCGCCGGCGUAAAGGCAAGGAGAGCCUUUUAGGGCGCAAAAGGGGGUACUUCUUUAGCUAUGGGGGGCCAGCGUCCUCCUGCAUCCGUAGGAGACGUGAAGGAGCCCGCCUCCGGCAGCACCCCCAGGGAAGCGCCAUUUCCGCGCUGAGCACGGCGCGCUCGGGGCCCACUCACUCCUCUCCCGCCUGAGCGGCUGCGCAGAGCCGGCCCGGGAUGGCGGCUCUCCCCGCCCCCCCCCGCGCGGCCCCGGCCGGGCCGCGGGGCGGAGCUGCCGAAAGCGGCUGCUGCAGCCUCCCUGACCGCCGCGGUACCGGGCUGGUAGCAAAGGGCACCCCGGGGUUGUCGCGGCACCCCCCCCAUCACUGGCCUUCUGCCUCUCGCCGCCCUGCACGGCCACGGUGCUGGAGGCUAGAGCUGCGCAACCCGCUCUCCUCGCCCCUCCGGCCGCCGCGCAGGCCUGGCGGUGCGGGGCAUGAAGCUGACCAAAGCCCAGUACGAUGAAAUAGCCCAGUUCCUGGGGCACGUGCAGCCCACCCGGCAGAGCCUGAGGAAGCUGAAGGAGAAGUUCCCUAGUCAAUCGCAGUCCACUCUGCUGAGCAUCUUCUCCCAGGAGUACCAGAAACAAAUCAAAAGAACACAUGCCAAGCAUCACACUGCUGAAGCUAUUGAAACUUACUACCAAAGGUACCUGAAUGGGGUGAUGAAGAAUGCAGCUGCCCCUGUAUUACUGGAGCUGGCCAAUGAGGUGGACUUUGCCCCAUCAUUGAUGGCUCGUAUUGUACUGGAAAGAUUUCUACAAGAAAAAGAAGCCGCCAUUCCCUCCAAAACUCUCAUAAAUAGUAUGCUGCGGGACCCUUCUCAGAUUCCAGAUGGAGUUCUAGCAAAUCAAGUCUAUCAGUGUACUGUCAAUGACUGUUGUUAUGGACCACUGGUGGACUGCAUCAAACACGCUAUUGGGCAUGAGCAUGAAGUCUUGCUGCGAGAAAUGCUUUUGGAAAAAAAUCUCUCUUUCAUAGCUGAAGAUCAGCUCCGUGCAAAGGGUUAUGACAAAACACCAGACUUUAUUUUAGAAGUGCCAGUAGCUGUUGAAGGACAUGUCAUUCACUGGAUUGAAAGCAAAGCCUCAUUUGGUGAUGAAAGUAGCCACCAAGCCUAUUUGCAGGACCAGUUUUGGAGCUACUGGAACAGAUUUGGCCCUGGAUUAGUCAUCUACUGGUAUGGAUUUAUUGAAGAGCUGGACUGCCAUCGUGAACGUGGUAUCCUGCUAAAAGACUGCUUUCCUACUGACAUUGUGACUCUGCGGCACAGCACGGCUCAGCGCUGAUGUUGGGAGGAAGAGGGAAUCUGUACAUAGGAAUUUUUCUCUUAACUGACUUUAAGGAAGGAAUCUGUCUUGACCCCUAUACAUACGGUAACAUGCAAUUUUCUGGUGUACUGAAGUCUGAAAGAACAGAGCUCUGUGUGUUACUUCUGAAGAUUACCAUCCUGAUGUUCAAGAACGGGAGUGAAGAAAAAAAAAAAGAUAAAACUGUGCUUCCUACUGGACCAGUUCCACAAAACAAAAAAGCACACAAAUGGGCAUAAGUUUCCUGUGUACUCAUUUAUUCUUGUAAGAGCAUUUUUUUUCUCAUUAUUGGAACCACGGAGAUCAGAGGUACAUUGAGAUAGGUAUUAGCCUUCCUUGAAGUUUUGAAGAGUUCAACCUUACUCUGUUUCCACCCUCAUUGCCAGCAGAGGGGCAGUAUUGGGCCUCAGGUUUGUGCUCCCAGUUAGAGGUUUCUUAAUGAGAGCAGUUUACUGGGCUUGACAUUCUUUAAUACUCUUUUCUUUGCUAACUGGCAUUGAGGAAAGGACAAGGUAUUUUAAAAAAUAAGUGAGAAUUUUGCAUGUAUGCUCACCAUGUUCAGAUUUUCAGAGAAGUUAAGCAGGGGUACAGAUGCUGUUGUAGAAUUGAAGGUAUGAGAACAGUCUCCCUAAAGCACAAGUUGGUAACAGUCUUCUGUAAGGAAAGGGUCUUUAAAACAUCAUUACAGUCCAUAUUUAUCAUCCUUUUCAGCUGAGGUGAUACUUUGUGUGCCUGUAUGAUUUCAAAAAUCACAUGCAGACUUUUUAUAGUCUUGCCUAGAGUUAAAAGAGAGGGGAAUUAAUCCUAUUCAGGUUUUUUCAGCUAUACUUUUCAGAUGCAUAUAUAGUAUUUUUACUUUGAAUUUUUAGUUCUAAUUUUAACACUCUUUGGUAAGCUUCAGAUAGGAGUUUAUCAUUUUUAAUAACCUUUAAUUUUGGGGAAGAACUAUUUUUUAGUCUUACUAGUUCUCCAACCCUAGCUGCAGAGAUAAGCUGGUAUAGGUCCACUACAGUGAGUUAUUGUUGCACAGAGAUUAUUUUAUUGGGUUUGAAUGUCUUAUAGUGAAAAGAUUUCUAAAAUAAAUUUAAAAAAUCAAACACCUGUAAGUUAUUAAUAUUCAGCUAUUUAAGGUAUUGUGCUUAGCUUAUUUUACCUGACCAGCUUAAAGGAUUAGCCCAUAAAGGUAUACAGAAGCACUCUGUGAAGCAGACCUGCUUGAUACUACAAAGAAGCUGCAUGUAGGGUGUUGCUGCCCCUGCGACUUCUAUGUGUGGUUUAGCUUAGUGGAGUGUGUAACAUCAAGAAGAGAAUAAAAAAGAAUACGAACUAAACAUUAAAAUACUAGAAAAUUCAGAAGUAAUGGUUGUCUGAGUGAAAGGGGUUUUAAGGGCAAACUGGAUUUGUUUUAGCUAGCGCAUAUGCUUUCUGUUGUAUGAAAUCAUUUAAAUCAGCUUUUACAUGAUGCACUAAUGCUGCUUUUUUCUUUUUGAAUGAAUUAAAUUUAUCUGCACAGAUGUUGAAAAUUCUGCUCAACCUCCAUCAAAGUUUUGCUUUAUUUGUUUUUACAUUAAACAAAUUUAUGUGGGGACACACAGAUAAAUCAGGUUAGGCUUGUAUUUGUUUAUUUAUUCCUUUAUCUAAUGCUGUGAUGUAACAGGUUGGAAAGCAGUACAGCUGCCUUUAAUCAAGAUUUUGACCUCAUCUUUUUGACCUCAUCUAUAUUGCCCCUUUAAGAAUCUUUGUGUUAGGAGGAUGAAAUAAGCCACAAAAGUAUACAUACUGUACUAAGUUCAUUACAUGUUAUUGAACAAGAUUUCUAACCACAAAAAUGACAGUGUCACUAUUUUAAAUGCUGAAAACAGAACUGUAAAAAAACAUAAUUAAGACUACAUUGUUAUUCCUACUUGUAUCUUGCAAGAAACCCUAAUUUGUGUAUUUUGUCUCUCAGAUGUAAACACCAACUUUAAUAUUAAAGAGGAGAAACUAC